GUUCCCCUCUGACGUCAGAACCCCCAGAGCCACGGCGGAGAGCGAGGAUCGAGGAGCGGCCGAGCGGAGGAGCCUCGAGCGGAGCCAGCCGCCAAAAGAGCCCCCGGAGCGUCUCCGGCGGGACCGCUCGCCGCUGGCCGGAGCCGGAGAGCAACUUGGGAGGAGGAGGAGAAGAAGAGAGCCCGGAAUAGAAGCGCCUCUGCUGCCGCCAGCGAUGUCCUCGGGGGAGGAGAACCUGCAGGGGUCCUGGGUAGAACUGCACUUCAGCAGCAAUGGGAACGGUGGCGGUGGGCAGCCGGCCAGCCAGGAGCAAGUUCCUGCUUCGGUUUCUAUUUAUAACGGUGACAUGGAGAAGAUCCUUCUGGAUGCCCAGCAUGAGUCUGGAAGAAGCAGCUCGCGAGAGAGCUCUCACUGCGACAGCCCACCACGUUCCCAGACACCUCAGGAUGUUCACAGGACUUCAGAAGCGGAGAGUCGUGCCAGCGGAGAAAAGAACAGUUCUCAGUCUGAGGAAGAUUUUCUGGAAAGGAGGAGAGAAGUUGAACGGCUCUUGAAGAAAAAUUCAGAUUGGAUGUGGGACUGGUCGAGCAGGCCGGAGAAUAUUCCCCCCAAGGAAUUUCUCUUUAAACACCCUAAGCGCGCAGGUACACUCAGCAUGAGAAACACAAGCGUCAUGAAGAAGGGAGGCAUAUUUUCUGCAGAAUUCUUGAAGAUUUUCUUGCCAUCUCUGCUGCUCUCCCAUCUGCUCGCCAUUGGAUUAGGGAUCUAUAUUGGGAAACGGCUGACAAUCACAGCUUCCAGCAGCUCCUUGUAAAACGAAAUGAAUUCAUCUCUUUUGCAAAUCACGACUCACUUCAUCCAGGCAUUAUAAAGUGGUGAACCGAACAGAAGAAACCUCCAAAUGUAUAAUCAUAAUAUGACAAUGUGUGUUUUAUUGCGUAAAGGGAUCUUGCAAAAGAAAAGGAGGAUUACCCAAUUACCCCAACUGCUCUUAUAUAUAAAUUCUGAUUUGCACAAUUUAAGAUAUAGCGUAGCUUAGAUCAGGAGUGAGGAACCAAAACUUCCAGGAAGCUCCAACUUUGGGCCAGUCGCAAAGGACGUUGGGGAGAUUUUGUUCAGCAUGUGCAGUGGCCCACAUUUCAUUAUCCCUGCUUGACAAAUUUUUCUUUGUUGCUAUUAUUGCAAGAAUGAACAGUGUAGCAAACAAAAAAAAAACACGAAAAUAUUCUGUGAACUGUGAACAUCUGGGGAGGGAUCCAUGUACAAUUUGUUUUUGUCCAGUUUUGAAAAGAUUCGUAAUGAUUAGUUGUGGAAAAGACACCACUUUUUUUUUGAAAGAAAGCUAUGGUCAACAAAAGUAGAAUGGCCUUAAAUUUCUUAAGAAUACGUUUAUGCUAUUUGAGAUGAAAUGAAUUACUGAGAUGCUUUGAAAUAUAAAAAAUGAAUCAGUAGAGUGUUUUGAUAUAUGUAUGUCUUAAUAUGGAACCUUUUCUUUCUCUUUCCAGCAAAAGUUUGUAUGCAGCUGUUGAGACAACGGUUUUAGUAAAUACGUAAUCUGAUUUUUCUCAAAGUCAGAAAACUUGUAAGAAAGGAAUUUCUUCCAAGAAGCUCCUUGUGGGAAAAUAGCAUUAAGCCAUUCCAUUUUCCCCUCUGACUGGUGAAUAGAAAUCUCUCAUCUCUGACUUGCAAGGCAUUGCUUCCUGUCCUAGGCCAUCCCCAGUGAGUCAUAGUGGGUCUGCCUUUUUAAUCACAAACGCUGCAGCUGUUGGCCAUUGGUCCGGUCUGUGUGAAUAUAUAGGAAGGUACUCAGGGUGAACGGCCGCAGUUACCAAAGAAAUAGCUGUUUGUCAGGUGCUGUCUUACCUUUUCCAUGUUGGUUCUUUCUUUCUUUCUUUCUUUCUUUCUUUCUUUCUUUCUUUCUUUCUUUCUUUCUUUCUUUCUCUUUCUUUCUUUCUCUCUCUCUCUCUCUCUGCUGUGGAUGUGUAAGGAGCUGGGAAUAGAGAGAGAGAGAGCAUGGCUUUUCCUCUCUCCUGCACAUUGCUGUGUUACUCUAGAUGUGCAGCAGGCCAGGUCCCUGUUAUAAGGAAUGGAAGCACAAUGAGCAUAAUGGCCAGGCAUAGAGCUCUGAUGUUACCCACACAUUCUUUCCACGUCUUCAUCGUAUUAUCUGGCAGAAAAGUUAAGGAAGGUUCAUUUCUAGUCUGAAAAGGGUCUUCUGUGAUUUUCAUGUUCUGUUCAUCAGGAGGGCGUGCAAAGCAGGAGUGGGGUGUGUGGCCCAGGCAGGCUUCCCCAUUCCUUGCGGGCUACAAAAAAAGGGGAGUUAAAUGAGCAGGGCUUUUGUGCUAGAGGUUCUGGACAGAGUUUCAAUAAUCCCUAAAAGAAAAUGAUAUUUUAAGGGAGAAUAUUCUUGCGCUGAAAGCUUUGAGCAAAGGCCACAAUAGUUUUAAGGGCUCUGGUUACACAUUUUAGUUGCCUGGCUUCUGACCUAGUAAGACUCGAGAUUUACUC